AUGUCUGCUCUCGUGCGGGACGAGUACGAUUUCGACUCCUCAGAUGAAGAGGACAUACGAAACACUGUUGGGAAUAUUCCUAUGCAAUGGUACGAGUCUUUUCCUCAUGUCGGCUAUGACGCCUCUGGUCGCCCUAUUAUGCGUCCCACUGUCGGUCAGCAAUCAGCUGAUGCUAUCUCAGACUUUCUAAAAACCGGGUCCACGGAACAUGGUGAGCAAGAUGUAGAGUGGCGAACAAUCGUUGACCCCAAAACGGGCCAAUCUGUUAUAUUGAGCGACCGCGAUCUGGAAAUUGUUACCCGUAUGAGUGCGGGGAAGGGUGUGCUUGGUGAUACGGAAGGUGAUAUGUUCCAGCCAUGGGAAGAUUUUUUUUCAAACUCUGUUCUUCAAAUGCCUGUCACUGCGCACCCUCCACAGAAGAGAUCGUUUAUUCCCUCUCUGUUGGAUAGACGCAGGGUUGGUCGUAUAACACAUGCAAUAAAAAUGGGGUGGAUUCGACCCCAGCUGCCACAUUGGGCGUUGGAAAAUGUAAAUGAUCUUGAUCAAGUCCGUCGCUAUGCUAUGUACAUGACCUCUGGCAAACCAAGCGCCUUCGAUGAUUAUGAUGAAGGAGACAUUUUGGGAUUUUCAGCCUCUUCAGUAUCAACCUGUGUGAUGCCAGAUGUAUGGGCAGAUCAGGAUGAAGAAAAUACGGUUCAGAACUCCUUUGCCUGGCAGGCCGGUCUACCGGCUAGUCUUCAGACUUACCGGCCGCCUCGUCCACGACCGUACAUGCGACCGGCUGCGGAACCUCUUCCUGGGCAUGCAGAAUCUUAUAACCCCCCACCGGAAUUCUUGUUGUCCGAGGAAGAAGAACGACAGGUGAUGAGGGCAUGGAGGGACAAAGUGAAAGAUAAUCAGGCUAGCAAUGUUCUUCCCAUCAUGCCGCGACGAUUUGAAUGUCUACGUCAUGUCCCAUUUUCGGAGCGCUAUUUGCGGGAACGUGAGGAACGCAUCAAGGAUCUAGUCAUGGCGGCGCGAAUAGAGAAGCAGCAGGUACACACAACUCCAGAGGCCCUUCUUCCCGAAAUCCCCAGUCUGGCUGACCUUCGACCCUACCCCUCUCAUCUGGGUCUUCAGUACAGAUCGCACAGCGGUCGGGUCACUGGCUUGUCUGUCUCACCUUGUGGCCAGUGGUUGGCUUCUGUGUCUCCGGCGGAUGGGUGUCUGCGCAUCUGGGAGACGGCCAGUAACUACUGCUUCCGAUGCUACCGGCUUGCUCCUGCCCCGUUCUUAAAUGGUACCACUCCUGUCCCGGUAGCAGGAGGUCUGUUGAUGCAGAAGCGUCCAACUGAGCAGACAGUGGAGUCAGGGGAUGCAGACGAGGAGCAACUAUCUUCGGCUCAUGUCAUGUGGAAUCCCAAUCCUGAGUUGUGCCUAGUUGCUGCCGCCUUUGGAAACAAGAUAUUUAUCAUCAACCCGGCCUUGGGUGAUCGUGUGGUAGUGGAGAAGACGGAUAAGAUGCUAUGUGAAUGCUGGCAGACUCACCUAAAAGUCGACCUAGACGCCCUGGACAAUGUCGAGGACGAAGAGGAAUCUGGGGAAACAUAUGCAGCACCGGUAACCAAGAGGCGGAGAACGACAAGUGCGAUGCGCAACCAAGUGGCGAUGUGGAGCUUUAAACCACCUGCCCCUGCCAAUGUCACUACCAUUAAUGCCGCUUUCGAUGCUUCCAAAACCACUAUUCGGUGGGGAUCUCGUGGCACUAACGAUGGCGGUGCGGCAGGCAGAUGUGCUACUAGUACCUUCCUAGAACGAUCACGUUUAUUGGAACUGUCGCGAGUCUCCAUCGAAUUGCAUCAGGCUGGUUGUGUUCCUGUGUCCGCGUGGCAGGAAUGCAUCGAUCUCUCGUGGCAUCCGAAGGGCGACUACUUGCUGAGCCUGAGCAUCUCACCGCUGUCUAGUGAGGCACGGAGCCGGGCGGCAAAUCGGGUGCUGUUGCAUCGUAUCUCACGUAUGGCUAGCCAGGCGCCCUUCGCCGCGGCCACUAGUGGACUGGCAGAAGAGUGGCGCUCUGCCGCCUUCCAUCCUGCCGGGCAGCCCACUCUCUUUGUCGCUGCUACCCGCUAUAUCCACACUUUCGAUCUUGUUGCCCAAAAAGAGUUGCCUCGUCUCAAACUGGAUCUAUCCUCCGAUCACAUUGUCUCUUUUGCGAUCCAUCCUACCGGUGAACACAUUAUUGCUGGGACGAGCGACAGCCGUUUCAUUUGGUUUGACGUUGAACUCGGAAAUAUUCCAUUCAAAAAACUGAGGUUGAACCGUGGAACCGUUCACAAAGUCCAAGUCCACAGCCGUCGACCCCUCGUCGCUGUCGCUCUAGAUGAUGGAUCACUCUUCAUUAUCCACAGCAAGGUGUCCGAUGAUCUCCUGGCCAAGCCGGUUAUCAUCCCCGUCCAAAUCAUUCACACAGGCUUUCACAACGCUUUCAGCUGCACCUUCCACAACCGACUACCACACGUCUACGCCGGUGGCGAGUGCGGAGCCAUUCGGCAGUUUGUUCCGUGGCACUAG